UACAUGUUUGUAGAACUGAAUGUCGACACAAUUGUUAUACUUUAUUUGUUUCACCAUCAUUUUUAAAGGCGCAUUAUACGGACAGAUAUUAAAAUUCUUGCAUACCAUCUGUAGCGGAUGAUAAACGAAUGCCUCAUAUUGUAGACCUAGCAUUUUAGCAAUUUUGUAUUGACAGCUUCGCAUGCAUCGACACGCGCUGUACCGAUCAAAAUGACUCUUGGUUGUCUGAGGCUAGCUCUCUGCCAUGCUGUCAGAGGGGCGUGUACCCACCACUAUCGCGCCGCCAGCCCGUCGCCUCUCACCGUGCGGUACAGACCCUCACCUCUCUGCCCUGUGUGGGGGAUUUUGGGAAGGUCCUCUCUCUUCUCCACCGAGGCAGAAGGUGGAGGGGGUGAGGAGACAGAGCUCCAGAGGAGGAAGAAGAAGCAGCAGCAGGACCCCCGUGCGAGAGUUACCAUCGGCAACGUGGGGAGGAAGAUUCCGCAGCGACACAUACAGCUUUUGGGCGCAGAGGGCGAGGAUUUGGGCACGAUGCACCGGGCAGACGUCGUAAGACUGAUGGACCAGAACGGACUUAAACUGGUUCCAGUCAACGAAAAGCUGGACCCGCCGGUUUACCGCCUGAUGAGCGGCAAACAGAUCCAUGAGGAGCAGCUGAAACUGAGGGAGAAACAGAAAAGCAAGGCAGGACCAGUCCAGGUGAAAGAGUUGACCAUGUCGGCGGACAUUGCUCCUCAUGACCUAGACACUAAACUACGACAGGUCCAGAGCUGGCUGGACAAGAAACAUCACGUCAGAGUCACACUCAAAACAGGACACCCCAGCAGCAGCAGCAGCAGCAGCAACAACACACAGCCGCUGGACUCCGCCUUGGAGGAUAUGGUAGGGAGAAUGGCAGCACCCGUGGGCUUUGUGUCAAAACCCAGAGUCAUCCGUGAGGGCAGAGCAGCCAUGUGCAUCCUCAGACCACCGUCAGCCAAAGAACUGCGUGAACACGUCGCCAAAAUUCCCCAGUCCCAGCACCCAGCCCGAGCCCGACCCGGACACACACGCCCCAGUCUCCGACCCUCCAACAGAGCAGUCCAACAUCACAAAAACAGAAUGAGAUUAACGCUAAAAAUACUUCAAUAAAGUUACACAGAGCUC